AAAAGAGAAAAGGUGAUGCUGCGCAGGGAGGGAGGGCAAAGGCGAGGGAGAAGGCAGCGCCAAGAGGCUUACUAAAAGCCAUCCCUUUCUUUUUCCUUCCCCUGUUCCUCAGACUAGACUGUUCCUUCUCUUUCUAGAAUUAUUCCUUUUCUCUUUUUUCUCUCUUCCCCUAGAAACCGCCUUCUCUUCUCGCAAUCCGUUCCAUCUGCAUUCUGCCGUUUUUAUCGUCCUUCUCUCUCUUUCCCCCUGUCAACUUCCCUCCUUCUCUCUCUUUGAAGUCCUCAGUUUUUUCUGUUGAAGGGCAGGAGGAAGAUGUUGCAGAAACUUCAGCAGAAGCCAUCUUACAAGGAAUCUCUCAAGGCUUUGGAGGCGGAUAUCCAACACGCCAAUACCUUGGCUGCUUCUAUUCCUAGUGAUUUUGAUGGAGCCUGCCUUCAAAUGAGGUUGUCUUACAGCCCUCUAGCUCCAAUCUUUCUUUUUAUCAUCAAGUGGAUGGAUUUGAGCUUGUCAAGCUGGUUAGGCUUACUUCACAUUCUAAUAUAUAAGGUGUAUGUUGAUGGCAAGACAACCAUUUCUGCAGAGGAACGGAAAGCUAGCUUGAGGGAAUUCUAUGCUGUUAUAUAUCCUUCACUACAACAGCUUGAGGCGGACUAUAUGGAAUUGGAAGACAGUAAACUGAAAGCUGAAUCUAAAGAACGAUCAACUCGCAAGAGGAUUGAAGAUAGAAAGAAGAUAUCAGAUUUGGACUUGGAAAGGGAAGAUGAAUGUGGGAUUUGCAUGGAGCCUUGUGGCAAGGUUGUCUUGCCUAAUUGUGGUCAUGCGAUGUGCAUCAAAUGCUUCAGAGACUGGAACACGCGCUCUAAGUCCUGCCCAUUUUGUAGGGACAGCCUGAAACGAGUGAACUCAAGGGACCUGUGGGUUCUGACCAACACCUCAGAAGUCAUCGAUACUGCAAUGCUGGCCCAGGAAAAUCUAAGGCAAUUCUAUGUCUACGUAGAAAAGCUUCCCGUUAUCAUGCCCGAGAGCCUAUUCUUUGUCUAUGAUUAUACCAUAUGAUUAUGUACAGGGUUAUGAUCACUUAGAUGAGGGCAAAUUUGUGUACAGUGCGAGGAGUUCCUACAGCGUCCUGUAAAUAGCAUCUGGUAGGGCCUAGGGAGUAGAUCAUUCCUCCCUGCGCCACCUAUGGUAUCUUUAACAGCUUAAUGAAAUGGGAUAACCACUUUUAACUCAAA